UUUGUUUUCACCAAUUGCAGUAUGGCUACUGCACAGCAGCAAGCACCGCCCCUGGUGUGAUUGUAGGAAGUAAAAUGGCGUGUACUAAUGUAAACAAUCGUCAAGAAGCACACUUGCACGCUAUCUUGAAGUGCGAUUUUUCAGGUCUUGUAUGUCCGUGGUUGCUCAUCAGAAAGCAGUAGCGUAGUGUAACAAAGCUUUGUUGCUGUGGGCCAUAUUACGUGUCAAAAGCUGAAGUAAAUUCAAAGAAGAAGUAAAAAAAAAAAGUCAGAGCCAAAUUGUUGUGAGGAAAGACAGCAGAAUCAAGUGCAGGCAGCAGAGGGAAAACUAUUUAAUCAAGCUUUAUAUGUGUCACUUGGACAAUUGGACUAAAGGACCUAAAAGCACUUUCCAAACUCUCCAGUGAGAAGAGGUUGAUAUAUGCAUGUUAUUGUGUCGUCAUCAUGCCAUUGGUAUCUGCAUAUCAGCCACAUUUGAUCCGUGCUAAUCAGAAAGAUGAAUUUUAUCAAAGCUGCCUCCGAAGUAAUGCCAAUGAAAUUUGUCAGAGUUUUGCAGGUGCAAGGAAAUGGCUGGAGUGGAGGAAGGAGGUGGAAGUUCUUGCUGACCUGAUGUACUUUUGCCUUACCACUUUGUCAGGCUAUCAGACACUGGGUGAAGAAUAUGUUAACAUAAUCCAGGUAGAGCCAUCGAAACAGAGAGUCCCUUCAGUGCUUCGACGGAUGGUUUUGAUCUGUCUUCAUAGUUUUGUGCCUUAUUUGGUUGACAAGGGGUUAAUGCACCUGGAGCAUGAAAUACAGGUGGAGGACAGUGGAACUAGAGGGCUUCCUAAUAACCAUGCUUCAUGGUUGCAGGGGCGAUCUUUUUUCCGAGACUGGAUACGGAGGCAGGUUUGCUCCUUGACUGAACAACAAAAGAAGUCUCUUCUGCAGGCAUCUGUUAUAGCAAGACAUGCCAUCACUCUCCUGCACCGGCUGCACAUUGCUUUAUUUUACCUCAAUGGAGUUUUUUACCACCUUGCCAAAAGGGUCUGUGGCAUCAGUCAUCUUCAAGUACGUGGGGUGCUUGGAGAUGAUCAUGGUGUACGAGCAAGUUAUCGCCUGUUGGGAACAGUGUCUGUCUUGCAGUUGCUCUUGACUGUUGCUGUACAGGUUAAUAGCAUCCGGCAGAAACAUCGAGCAAGGCAGGAAUGGAAGAAGCACCGUAACCUUUCCUACAUGAGGAGACAGACACAAGGUCUCUCAGUCAGUCAUAAUUCCAAGUGUAUUUUAUGUUUGGAAGAACGUAGGCAUUCAACAGCAACACCUUGUGGCCACCUGUUCUGUUGGGAGUGCAUUACUGAGUGGUGUAACACCAAAGCAGAAUGCCCUCUCUGCAGAGAAAAAUUUCAGCUUCACAGACUGGUUUACUUAAGGCACUACAGAUAAUUUGAAGCCUACAUUUCAGUUGGCUGUAUUAUGAAUUGUUUGGGCACUUUCAGCAGUGUCAGACUGCAACAAAAAGGCAUACAGUCUUCAAUCCUUGCUUUGAUUUAUCAUAUUUAAAGGUUGUCCUUGUCACAUCUUGGUGCUCCCCAUCGUAAUAAUUUUUUAGAAUUUGGAGUCUGAUUUGUGCCUAUCUAAAAAAGAAUAAAUAUGUUUUUUUCUGUC